AUGGCUGAAAACGACACACCCUAUCAACGCAAGCCGCCCAUCACUCCCAGCGCGCGCCUUGGUUCCAUUGAUAGUACAGCCACCAGCCUCACGCUCAGCAGCGCCGAUGAAAACGAAGCAAAUGGCCGGCACGCAUCCCAAAGGAUCCGUCAACGCAAUAGAGAUGCACAGCAUUACGGCGAGCUUGCAGAACGACCCGUUAAUGCAAUCCAUGGCCUUCACACGACGGAUGCUUCGAGGAAAUGGCUGCGUAAACCUGCAAAAUCCGUCAGAUACGCUAAUAAGCCUCAAGACAUCAUAACCCAGCCGGCAGCCUCGCUCUAUCAAGGGCAUUCCCAACCCAACACCCAAGAAGAAGACGACAUCGCAGAAGCCAUAGCGCGCUCAUUGCAUGACUCGGAUGCGGGCCGAGUUAGUGUCAAGACCGUGCCCACUGACAACGGGUCGCCCAUGUCUCCAUACACAAGUCGCUCCUAUACUACUCUCGGCAGCGGCUUCGCGUCCAGCGCCACAGCGCCACAAGACGCUCUCCGUGGCGUUCUAGACUGCAUGGAGGCAGGCAUGGAAUACUUGGACGGGACGGAUUUUGAAAGAGCCAGGCGGGGUGCAGAAAGGCUGGCAAAUCGUAUCAGAAAAUGGCAUGGCACAGUCAGCAAAGUCGUCUACAUGAGUGAAUCAGCCGAGCUUCGACGGACCAAGGACUUGCAAGUACAGCUGGACAUGGACCGGGACAUUGAAGCAGUACAUGGGGACAGAAUCAACAACCUCAACCGAGCAUGGGCGGCUAAGAUGCACAAGAAGGAGCAGGAAUGGCAGAAGGAGAUGGCCGACCUGAAGCAGCUAGUGGAUGCUCUGCAGCGGCCAACCGAAUCCCCUACUCAAUCACACCGCACAAACCUGCAGCGUCCAUGCUUUCAGGACGAGAUGGACCACCUCGUCAAAGAAGUUGAAACACUCAAGUCGAAUCAUGCAGCUGCCAUUACCAGACUUGAAGCAGCCCUUGAAGACGAAGUCAGUGGCCUGCAGCGAAAGCUAAAGCAUCUAGCACAUGGCAGCGCUCAACUCUCCCAAUCACAAAAUGCCAAUGACGACGAACAGGACAAGGAAGAAACGGCUGAGGCGCUAGAGGACGUCAAUAUGGAGGUUGUUCGGGGCAAUGUGCACAUGCAUACAGCUCGCUCAGGGUCAGCUCCAUGCUCAGAAGAGGAAAUGUCUCCUGGCAAGCACAAGCUGGAGCAUGGCGCACCGAGCGCACACCAAGGCACUGAUUGGUCCCCAAAGAGGACAAAGACUGGUUCGACGGCCUAGGGCAAAGACGACGACCUUGGUUCGCCCCAGCAACGAGUUCGAAGGCUGCAUAUUCCCAGCAAGCCGCCAAU